UUCAAGGAAGAAAUGUUCUUCCAAGCACAAGUGCACUUUUCCCCCUUGAUCCCAUCAUGAAGAGAGGUCUUCUCUGUGUAGGAGGAAGAUUGAAACAGUCAUCUCUGAGUGAAGAGUUAAAACACCCAGUGAUUCUGCCAAAGGACAGCCACAUAGUUGAACUUAUUUUGGCCCACUAUCACGCCAAGGUCUGUCAUCAAGGAAGGUAUCUGACACUCAUGGAACUCAGAGCAAAUGGAUUCUGGGUCAUCGGCGGUGGUAAAUCUGUUGCUAAAUUGAUUCAUGGAUGUGUUCAAUGCCGUAAGCUCAGACGACCAACAGAGCAACAGCAAAUGGCUGAGCUGCCCAAGGAGCGAGUUGAAGCCUCUGCACCUUUCCUCUACGCGGGCAUGGAUUGCUUCGGUCCGUUUAGUAUAAAGAGAUUUCGGAAGGAGCACAAGAGGUAUGGAAUCAUUUUCACCUGCCUUUCAUCACGAGCGGUUCACAUCGAAAUGCUUGAAGAUCUGUCAACAGACACAUUUAUCAAUGCCUUGAGAUGCUUCAUUAGUCUCAGAGGAGCUGUUCGUCAACUUUUCUGUGACUGCGGGACGAAUUUCGUAGGAGCUAGAAAUGAGCUCAGAAAUGCUCUCAAGGAGUGUGAUGUCAAGAGUCUAGAGUUGUUUCUCAAUGAAAACCAAUGUGAAUUUGUUUUCAAUGCUCCCUCAACAAGUCACACAGGAGGGGUCUGGGAGCGCCAAAUACGGUCUGUUCGCAGUGUGCUAAAUGCCACACUUUCUCAAUGUCCAGGUAGACUUGACGAUUCAUCUCUGAGAACAUUGUUUUAUGAGGCGAUGGCUAUCAUCAACAGUCGUCCAUUGACAAUAGAUGGAAUAAAUAACCCCAAGUCUCUGGAACCUUUAACCCCAAACCAUCUCAUUCUGAUGAAGUCCAAAAUCGCUCUUCCUCCUCCUGGGAAAUUUCAAAGGGAAGAUAUGUAUGCUUCAAGGAGGUGGCGCAGGGUUCAAUACCUAAUUGAGCAGUUCUGGAGCCGCUGGAAAAGAGAAUAUCUCUUGAACAUUUCUACAAGGCAGAAGUGGCACGUGCCACGGCGGAACCUCAGUGUCAAUGACAUAGUCAUUAUUAAGGAGGACAUGCUGCCAAGAAGUCGCUGGCAAUUAGGUAGAGUUGUUGAAGUCACUCAGGGAAGUGAUGGUUUAGUUCGACGAGUUAAGAUUCAAACAGGUGAGCAAAACCCAAAGAGUAAACAAGAGCAGCACUCCAAGCCUACUAUUAUUGAGAGACCAAUUCAAAAGUUGGUGGUUCUGCUUGAGAGUGAGUGAUUUGUUAACAGGUGACACUCUUGCAUCAGACAUCUUCUAAAGGUGAUUUAUCAAUGCAUUAUACAUUUUGACUGAGCUGUCAUCCAGGUUUGGAAUCAUGUAUCAUUUAUUUAGUUGUUUCCUUUUGUUAAUGUAUCAACAUGAUUGGUGGGAGUGUAAUGACCGCUUGCCCUUCUUUUGUUUUAUUGGAUGGCGUCACUAGAGGGCGCAAGGGAACUUAAGAGUAGGAGUUGUAGCACAAGAGAAGAAAAGUCUCACGUGUGUUGCAUAAGCUAACUUCAGAGCAGCAUUUAAAAGUUUAUUUGAUACACGUAAUGGUGCUUAGUUUCCCCUUUCUUGGCAAUAGCGGGACGAGUUUUACGGUGAUAGUAAGGUGAUAAACAAUGCAGUAAGAAUAAACUGCAAACACCCGUCAAAACUCUCUGCCUCAUGUUUUCGAAUGCCAAAGGGGCCGCUACAGAGAUUCUCCUGUGUUUAUGCACCUA